AUGGAAGUUAUCAAAGAUGCCGCAAAAGCUGUUAGCGAGAAGUUUCAGGAAGUUACAAGUGGUGCCAGUUAUGAGGCUAACAAGGAAAAAGCAAAAGAUUCGUCCAACACGGCAGGCGAAAGAGUUGGCGCCGCAGUAGAUGCAGCAGGAGAUAAAGCGAAAGAAAUUGGUCACGCUUGUAAAAAAGAGGUGCACAAACAAGAAGCUACGCAUUAA